AUGAAGCUGACUUGGGCUACGGCCGCGCUCCUCCUCUGUGCCUCUGGCGUUACUUCUCUACCAACCGACGCGCAAACGGAUCUCGUUGAACGCUUCGGGAUAUCUGGUGACUAUGAGCUUGAGGAUGUUAGCGAGCUAGAAAAGCGUCGCGGUGGAGGCGGCAGCGGUCGCUCUGGAGGUAGUAGUAGCAGUGGAGGAAGCAGCGGGGGAAAGUCUGGGAGCAGCAGCAGCAGCAGUGGAAGCAGCAGUUCCGGCGGAUCGUCGAGUGGCAAAACCAGUUCAUCAAGUAACACCGGCGGUACAAGCAGCAAGGGUUCCGGCGUGACACCAUCUUAUGGCAACGGCAGGUAUGAUACAACAACUAAUAACUACUAUGGCGACUACUACGAUGGAUCCAACGGGUAUAACGGAUAUAGGGGAAACGGAUGGGGCUCUGGCUCCUCAUCUGAUUCUUACUAUCCAGAUUCUCGUCCAAAGAAGCACAAGCGCCCGGGAGAUGACAGUAGAGCUUACGGCAUGAAUAGAUAUUACGCGGGUGGUGCAAUUACACCCUAUCGAGCUGGAAGAACUUCAGCGUUGGGAAUUACGCCAUUUUUGUUGCCGGUUGCGGCUUUUGCGUUCUUCCCUCUUCUUUGGUAUCAUCCUGUUUACGUUUAUAAUUAUAACGACAACUACAACUAUCACAAUGAUGAGACCAACAAGAACUCCUCGCUUCCGGUGGCUUGUCUGUGCGAACAGUAUCAGGAAUGUGGUUGCGAUAAUAACAGCAAUGCUACUUACUAUGAGUCGCUAUUCAAUGGUACUCAGCCUGGCAAUUCGACAAUGGUACAGGUUGCUAAGGUAAAUGGUACGGAGAAGAUCUGGAUUAAUGGCACCCUCGCGAACGGAACUACAUCUGCUGAUAGCUCUGCCGCUACUGGGUCGAUAUCAACUCUGCUCUAUUCCAGUGGGUUCUGGGUGACCGGGGUUUUGGUGGCUGCAAUGGUGUGGACAGUCUAA